GGCAAGCUUCAGGAACCCAUGUACUGGAAGGUUCCAAGUCAGUCACUUAUUGAGCGCCAGGCUUCCACGCGCAAUCGUCCCAGCGUCCAUGUUGGGAAACAUUCUUAUAACUGAGACGUUGUUACUGGGAGGUUAGCAACGUAAACCCAUCUGACCGUCACCGGGCUUCUUCCCGCUUUCAAAAAGACCAAUAUCGAUGGUGCAACCUAUAGAGAUCACAACAUUGGAAGAAUAUGAAGAAGUAAUGACCCGCGAUAGCGUCGUGCUCUGCCUGUAUACCCUAAGAUGUCCAGCAUGUACAGUGAUGGAACCGAUAUAUAACAGUGUCGCGACCUCCCUAAAAUUUCCUUCGUUAUCCUUCGUGAGAAUCCAACUUUACCAACACCCAGCAUUGGAUGAUCCGAUUGUGUUGCUAACUGGUGAUUUAAUAGCGAGGGGUCUAACACAGGAACAAUUUGAUUUUGGCAUCCCUCUGCUUUUGAUCUUGCGGAAAGGACACGUCUUCGUCUUGAAUGAAGGGCCAAUGCUCAAGGAAGAGUUUGAGAGAUGGCUCUUGGAUUAUCUCGAGGCAGGCCAGAUUGCAGGUACUGUGAUGGACAUGUCUGCGGAAGCCCACGGAGCGAGUGUCACGAGAUUGGAGGAAAUCACCCAAAAAUCUCGCCUUGAUGAAGUGAUCCACCAAUUUGAAUACGUGGUGGUGCAUAGUUACUCACCGCGGCUUCCGCACUCCCGAGCCACGUUGGAAGUCGUGCUACGGGCACAUUGUUCAGAGGCGUUCCCAAAUGUGCGAUUUUAUCAGGUGAACUACGAGAGAUAUGAGAACAUCUUCGACACACAAGGAGCCGAAAAGGCACAUGGGAUUCGAGUCUACCGAUCUGGAUAUCUUAUCGCCCAUAACACGGUUGCUAUGCAGUGGCCUCAGUUAAGAGUGUGGUUAUCGAGUCAGAUGCAUUUGUUAAAUUCAACUUUGGUUGCCGAUGGUCCAAUUGGGCCCGAACGAACACGGCGUUAUAGCUUUUCACAUUUGGAAAAGCUCCCACUCGUGCUCGACCCGCUCUCCAAACCGAAUAAGCUCAGAAAGCUUGGAAAAUUAGAUGCUUCCUUCCACUUGCGGCAUCUGCGUCCGGUUGCGUGUUCGGGACUUUAUGCACGUCGGAACAAAGAGAAGUGGCCUCUUCCAGGAACGAAGAAGAAAUUUUUUGAUCCUGAAGAAGAAUGUGUGUGGCUCGCGACAAAGGAUCAAAGCGAAAUCAUUAUAGCUGAGGGAAACAUUGGUGAUUCUGCUCUCUCGAUCUCGGCAGCAGCCACAGUCGGUGAAGGGGCGGAUAAGCUAUCAUUCAAUGUUCGUUUCUUUGCCCCAAAAGGGCGGUGGACAACCGCGCUCAUUAAGUUUUCAUUCUUUGACGAGGAUGGCCAGCCCCUCAAAAUCGGCAGCUUGUUCCCCGACGACCACAACGACCAUCCUAUCCCGGUUGAUAAGGUGAUUCAGUCUUCCAGCGGCGCAAAUUUGGCAGUUGGCGGAGUCCACCCAGUGUCAGCAUCAAUCGGCUUCCAGCGUGCAACGACCGUUACGCACACAUUCACGGAGAUGAUGGGAACACGCAUCCGGGGGCAUGGAGUGUGCAAAAAUGUGCUAGCGGGGCGGAAGGGUUUGGCUGACUAUACUUUGAAAGUAACACUCUCUGAACCGCAAGUCUUCGUCAAAGUGGAGUGCCAUGGAGAGGCAACACUCGCCGGAGGUCACGGUGUUAUCGAUGAUCGCAUACAAAUAGGGACGGCUGAAAAUCUCUGGACGAGAUUCGUGUACUGCAGCAGUAAAGAGUUCCUGCAGGCGACGCCUAAACCGAAGGAAUGAUACCGGUACAGUCUCUGUAGUCACGGUUUUGUUGGUAGUGAUGUAUAUGUGCUCGUUUAAUGUCAAUAUUGUUACCACUUGUUAUCCAGCACUGUGCAUUGCCGCUUCAACUUGAUGCGUGCCGUGCAUCGUCUUCUUGCUGAUCCCCUUAGUGCGCGUCCAGGUUGACGUACUUACAGCGACCCGUGUACUUCAUG